UUGAUGGUGUUUCUGGAAUUCUAGGGACCACGCAAUUGACACUGCAACCCGCCAACCAAUGCAUCACCCGUUAGGACCAAGCUUGUCCAGUUCGAAGAGAUGUCGCCCCAGACAAUCAAUAAAUUGGCUGUAACGGAUCAGAGCUUGGAUCCUCUGUUCGACGAGGCCAUAGACGCCAUCCAAAGCACACUUUUCGAGGAAGAUCGUAAAAGCUUUCGCCACUAUGCCGAUAUGGAAUCCAUGUUGGUUGAUGUCCGCACCACAAUUGACGCGGCCGGGGAACAUGAAAUGAACUCCAAGACUUGCACGAAGCAUGUCGCACGAUUUGCCCAUGCUUUCAAACCAUAUUUUGACCUUGUUAAUCUUUUCACCAAUGUGCGACCAGAUUGGCUUGGUUGGUUUUGGGGCAUCAUCGCAUUGGUCUUCAGAACAGGCAGCCGCUACGAAUUACUUGUACAAAAGAUUGCCGAGCUUUUCGGAUCAAUUGCGCGAGCAUUACCUGAAUAUGAUGUCCUGCUGAAGUCUGUGUGGCAGCAGUCCCAUGCGCCCACAGACGAUCGACUUACCUUGCUGUCCCACGUAUAUGCAGAUAUCGUGCGACUAUGCCUGGAAUUAUAUUGCAUGUUCUCACGGUCCCAAGGGGCCAAAUUGCGACAUCGCUAUGACUUUGCUUCAGCCGCCUGGAAGCCACUCGAUACACGAUUUACACACCUCCAGCAACGUCUCGUUAGACACAGACGAUGGGUCGAAGCUACCCUAGCGCAGGACGAGGAGGCAUCAGCGCGCAAUCGCCAAAAAUAUAUCGACGUCUUAUUUCCAAACGUGCGUACAAAUAGUGACGCUACGGCGGAGGCUGAUAGAAUGGCGCGUCGCAUACGAAGAUUGGACAAAGUAAAGGGUUGGUUGUCGAGCUGUUGUGCUUACCGGGAUACGUACGAGCAAAGUCUCAAUAGCAGUCAUUCCGGGUCAGGCUCCUGGUUUCUGAAUAUACCGGAAUACUGCAGGUGGAAGAACACCCCGUUCAACGAGACAAAUGCAAAUUCUACGGAUCAUCUCUCAGAAACUUGGCUCGGUCGUCUUCUGUUCGUUCAAGCAAAGGCAGGGUUUGGCAAAACUUUCAUCUCUGGCCGUGUAAUAAGCGACUUGAAGACUGAUGCAGAGGAUAUCAACAUCGGAGCUGAGCCUCCGACAACUAUCUAUUUUCAUUUCAAUGCUGCCCAUCUAUACUGUACACAUCCCAACGACGCCUUCCGGGCGCUAGCAACACAAUUAGUAAACAUUCACCAAAACGACCGGCCUACAUUAGACGCACUAUCAUUGUUAAUUCGAACUGCGUCCUUUCAAGAUCAGGCAUCUUCAGACGACGUACUGUCUGUAUUGUCCCUUCUUGUACGACAACAUCCAACUUUCAUAUGCCUCGACGGUGUAGAUGAGUGUAGCGAUAUCAAUCUCCUCUUCGAAUCACUACCAAAGAUAUGUCGCAAAUCCGAUGCUAGAGUUAUUCUUUUCAGCCGUCCUACCAUCACCCUACCAUUGGAAUAUCAAGAAUGGGCAUCCGGGUUACCUCACGUUAUCACAUUGGGGGAUGCACACAACGCCGCAGACAUCGACUCGUACAUAACAGAAAACCUUACCCGUCUAGCUGAUCAAGGAUUAUUUGGUACUAGCCUGGAACAAUCACUCAUUGCAAAAGUCUCCCAGCAUGCGGAUGGUCUGUUCUUGUGGGCGAGUCUAUUCCUCAAAUUUCUUCAGUCACCGUCCCUAUCUCCAGAAGAGCGACGCAUGACACUAGACCAUAUCGAAAACUUCAAGGGUCUAGAUCCACUAUAUCAUAAUAUCCUACAGGUACUGUCCAGGCAGAACGAUAGGGACAGGAGAGUAGCCGCCGACAUUUUCCGAUGGUUGGCGUUAUCGUUCAAGCAGCUAUGUGUGCCUGGCUUCCAGACUGCGCUCACAAUGGUUGGCUCCAAAGAUAAAGUUAUAUCCGAUCUCGCGGAUGCUGUGCCGCAGCUGACUUGCGGUCUGGUUGAAGUGACGCCGAGUAGCGUAAUGUUCAUCCACAGAUCUGUCAAGGAAUUUCUGCAGUCGCCACACUGUCAAGAUUCCGAAUUCAGCCUUCAUGAUGAGGACACAGUGCAUGGCCACCUCGCUGCACGCUGUCUAGCAUUCUUGACCAACGAAGUCCCGAAGAGGCCACUGCAAAGACUGCAGCCCUACAUUCGACCCCGGCCCAUCCUCACACAAAGUAACCAGUCCGUCCGGACAGGGAGUUCAAGAGACAGCGGAUACAAGAGCAUGUCGUCCGACAACGAUGGACCAUCAGCAAGUGUCCCUCAAUCGCCUAACAUGCAAGGGCUCGGUGCCGACCUGCCAUUCCUGCGGUACUCGUCGCUCUGUUGGCCUAUUCACCUCACUCGUGCGUUCGCUAGACCGGCACGCCAUAACACGGACAAGGCAUCUUCAAAUAUGACAUGGCUACCUGCUCUUUCCCAUUUCCUGACGGACCGGGUGGCGGUUACUACGUGGGCGGAGGCAUCCUGGCGACACAGUCUUCCACCUAACCUGUCCCGGCUGAUACCUCUCCUAUCUGCCAUCAAAAGCGAACUAUUGCCUUCCACAAUGGAAGGAAGGGAGAUCAGAUGGGUGAUACAGGGAUUAAGGGAGCUCAGCGAAGCAAUGUCGGAACUACGAGAGGAAUACGGUGUUACUCUUCGAGAGAACCCCAGUUUGAUCUGGCAGUGGAGUGGCACAGAUGGCAACCGAGGUUUCUGGCCGCUUUGGGACGAGGCGAGAGGGUGUAUUGUUGGAGAGGAGAGAGGAGAUUGAGUUGGGUAGCCGUACCUUUCGGAUUCACAGAUUCUUCGUCAUUUUGUUCCUUUUCAUAUUUUCAAUCAUGAGUACGGAGUACCAUUAGAGAGAUAGAUACCCAGCCAAAGAAUAUCGUACCAGCACACACU